AAAGCAGCGAGCAGCGCUGGCGCAAUAAAGUCACCGCAUCGGGAGAAACACGCCGUUUGAAGACGCUACUCGGCCGAGCUGGGAAAAUGGUUAAACUGGGGAAUAAUUUCAGCGAGAAAAACACCGGGAAGGUGGUUUCUGAAGACGGAUUUGACACCAUCCCCCUCAUCACACCUUUAGAUGCCAGUCAGCUGCAGUUUCCUCCACCAGAUAAGGUGGUGGUGAAGACAAAGGCGGACUACGAUGGCGAGAGCAAGAAGGGAAAGCUCCGAUCUCCCAAAAUCGCAGAGUUCUCAAUAAGCAUCAUUGAAGGCGUAUCUGAGCGACUCAAAGUGACCUUGCUGGUGAUCUGUGCCCUGGCCUUCCUGGUGUGUGUGGUGUUCCUGGUCGUCUACAAGGUCUACCAGUACGAGCAGCCCUGCCCCGACAGCUUCGUCUACACGCAAGGCCGCUGCAUGCCGGCUGGGAUGUAUGGCAGCUACCCCCCUCAGGGCCCUGGGGGCCGCGGGCGCCUCUUCACCCUCAUCAACCACUACAACAUAGCCAAGCAGACCAUCACCCGGUCAGUAUCACCAUGGAUGACCAUCAUGUCUGAGGAGAAGGUCACCCAGCAGGAGACGGAGACUGCCCAGAAACUGGCUUAACCAAUCUGGGAUGAGGAGGGGGCCUCACCUGCUGCAGGAAAAAAAUAAAUAAUACGGUUGUGCUGUUCAAGCAAACCUCAGAGUCUCUCUGUGGGCGAAAAGUCAGCUUCUCUUGCCCGAGGUGCUCUGCUGCUUUGCUGUUGUAGUUUGUCCGGCUCUCUGUGGAAAUUUUGUUUUCAUCAAAGCGAGCCUCACAGUUGGGUGGAUUCACGGUUUGUUUGAAUAGCAUAUGUUGUUAUUUAUUUACACUUCAAAACAGAGUGGCCAACGUGUAAAAAAAAAAAAAAAAGCCACAGGAAUACAAACAGACACACACUCACCGUCUUUGUACAUACACGUAACAGAACUCACUUUAGUACUCACAUUGUGAAAUGACUGUGAACCAUCUCGUGUCUGCGUCGCUUGUUUUAACGCACAUGCACGCAGGACUCUAAAAACAGUUUGCUUUGAACCUCUUUCCUUUCAAUUACGUCAAGUGCUGAUAGCGCAUGUCAGACCUCGCGAGGUCCAGCAAGUGGUAAAUUUCUCAUGAAGCGACAAAGUCUGCAGUAUAUUUGCGACUGAGGUCAUCUGUGUCAAAAUAUUUUACUGUCAUGAUAUUGUGAAUAAAGAGGCUUGACCUGGAGGAAGCCUUUUAACCAGCGGGGGAAAAAAAACAAAACUAUUUUAAUUGUGUUGUUUUGACGCAGCCCAUACUGCUCUCUGCAUAUAGUGCUCUUAAGGAGUUUUUAGUAUUUGAUGCAUCAAAUCUUUGGAACCAGCAUUAAUGAUUGUCUCCACUCAUUGUGAACCAUGUGCUUUUCUUUGCCAGCUACAUGAGACUUAACGGUUACUUUUCAUAACAUACAUUUUAUGCUACUGUAUUGAAUGUUUUUGCAUUGCUAGUGAAGACACUGUAUUGCGCAAUGCUUUGACUUGAUUAAUGUCACCAUAGAUGGCAGUUGGUAGCCAUCACAGAUACUAGACUUAGGUUGAUGUAGUGGAACAAUCUGACAGUAGUCGCUUGUCCUGUUGCUUUUUUCUGUAUUUGUCAUUUAACUUAAACUGUCACAAAUUCUGUACCUUUUUCAAACAAUGUAAUGAAUACCAUUGAAGUGCAUUUGCUACAUAAAAAUGUUCAAUGAAAACCGAA